AUGCGCUUGUGUGCCUCCUUGUGGAGCACGUCAGCACUGGAGGAGGCACCGGAGGGCUGGGUCACAGGGAGUAGUUGGCAAACAGGAAAAGAGGAGCGCACUAUAAGAAGAGACUGAACCCCGGGGAGCGUCAAAACAUUUAAACCACACCGGAGAGAGGAGGAGAGGGAGACGGAGCGCAGUGAAGGACAGACACGGCGAAGCGUCCAGAAUGAAGCGGUGAUUUUUAUUCCCACAAGGACCGCGAGGCUGCCUUCUUUUUUUAAAAAGAAAAAAAAAGAAAAAAACACACCCCAAACCGGUCCCUGUCACAAGCCAGCGUCAGCACACUGUGAAGGGGAAGGUAAAAAGUGAGGUCCGACGUCGCACUCCUCCUGCGCCCGGCGCGCCUCGGUGUCACCGCGCACAUAAACGCUGGAUGCGCACAAAGUGUCGGCUUCAGCACCUGAGGAGAGGACAGCUCCGCUCUGGACCUCCCGUCCGACGCAGCUCCCAACACAGCUGUUUGAUGCGCACACUUCCAGGUCUGACAAUCCGCUUCACAAGUCUGGAAGAAGUCUGAAGACCCGCUGACGGAGAGAUCCGCGACCGACUGUGUGCUCAAUAUGUACCAGGGGCAUUUACAGGGGAAAGACUCUAGGGCUGCAGAUAAGACUGUUGCCAUGGUCCUGAAGGAGAUACCAAGUAAGGCGUCAUCAGAAGGGAAGCCCCUCCUCACAGUGACUACCAAGCUGGUGAGUGAGCAACAAGAGAGCCGCCCGCUUCUGAGCCCUUCCAUCGACGACUUCCUCUGCGAGACCAAGUGUGAUGGGCUUUCCCGCCCAGUGACGUCCAACACAGCUGGUACAGUACAGUUAUUGAUGUGCAAAUUUCUGUCUUCAACACUGGACCUGCUGGAUCUCAGUGAACCUGGCGACAGGAGGAACAGCAAAGACAGGAAGAGUCCCCUGUCGUCCCGGGGCAACAGCCAGAAAAACAACCAUCACAGGAAGAAGACGGAUGAGACGGAGCUGAUCCAGGUGGAAGUUGAACAGACAAGACCAAGCAUGAGAACCCCAGAGAGGGCAUCACUAGACUCAGUUACCAUUGGUUCACCAUUGGAUAAAUGGGAAGAGCUGAACCCCGAGAGGAAUGGCAACAGAAAAUGGAAGAUGGAGAGAAGGCGUUCUUCAAAAAAUUCCUCCAAUGAGUUUCUGUGGUCCAUAGACUGUAAAACCCAAUUAGAGCCAUCGAAUAAGAACUCCUUGGAAGUAAAUACCAAAGUCGAGCCAGAGUCUGCCCUAGCAUCUCAACUCAACAGGCAGUAUAUUAGUGGAAGACAUGCUCGCCUAAGCAAGGAGCAGCGGUGGGGCAGCGCCCUCCUGUCCAGACAUCAGUCCCUGGAGGAGGAGUUUGAGCGAGCCAAGGCUGCUGUUGAGUCAGAUACCGAGUUCUGGGAUAAGAUGCAGGCGGAGUGGGAAGAGCUCGCUCGACGGAACUGGCUGACGGAAAAUGAGCAGGCGCAGAUUCCCCAGAGUGUCUCCCCACAUGAGAAGGGUUACUACUUCCACACAGAUAAUCCCUAUAAGGACUUGCCUAACGCAUUUGAAGAGGGGCUAAAGAAGUCUCGAGAGGGGGACUUGCCAAACGCUGUGCUUUUGCUGGAAGCAGCAGUCUUGCAGGAUCCUCAUGAUUCAGAGGCUUGGCAAGUGUUGGGGACCACGCAGGCUGAAAAUGAGAACGAGCAGGCUGCGAUUGUCUCCCUCCAGAGGUGUUUGGAGCUCCACCCUAACAACCUCCCAGCCCUCAUGGCUCUGGCAGUGAGCCUGACCAACACCGGUAUGCGCAACGAGGCCUGCGAGGCCCUGCUCCGCUGGCUGCGACACAAUCCAAAGUACAAGCACCUGCUGAAGGGCAAGACGCACCUGAUGGGAUCCCCAAACUCCCAACGUAGGAUGUCUCAGGCUCCUAACAUGGGCAGACAUGAAAGCUCCCUACAACCCGAGGUCAAGGAGCUCUUCUUGGAUGCAGUUCAGAACAACUCUGACAGCAUCGACCCGGAUCUGCAGACGGGCCUCGGGGUGCUUUACAACCUCAGUGGAGAGUUCAACAAAGCUGUGGAGACCUUCAAUACAGCUCUGUCAGUGCGGCCCGAGGACUACUUGUUGUGGAACCGCCUGGGGGCCACGCUGGCGAAUGGGGACCGGAGUGAGGAGGCAGUGGAGGCUUACACGCGAGCCCUGGAGCUGCAGCCAGGCUUUAUCAGGUCCCGCUACAACCUGGGCAUCAGCUGUAUAAACCUGGGGGCACACAGAGAGGCGGCCAGUAACUUCCUGACAGCCCUGAGCCUUCAGAGGAAAAGCCGGAGUCGCCAGCAGUCGCACCAGGUGAUGUCUGGAAACAUCUGGGCGGCUCUGAGGAUAGCUUUAUCCAUGUUGGACCAGCCCGAACUCUUCCAGGCUGCAAAUAUUGGUGAUCUGGAUCUUCUCAUGCGGGCCUUCAACCUAGACAUUUAAGGAAUGGGAGGUAGAGACAGUAGCAUCUCUCCCCUCCACUUAUACUCUUCGAUUUCUACCCAACAGCCAAAAGCCCAAAGUGCACACGUCAGAAUGGAUGAAACCACAUCUGAUGUUUGAGACAACAGUGUGGUUUUUAUGCACGUCAAAAUUGACUACAGUCGUCAAAGUUGUUUUUUGUUUUUUUUUUUUGCACCAAGUACCUUGGAGCAGUUCUGAGGACAGGUUCUUGCAAGUGCUUGAAGUGACGGCUUUGUGAUGGAUUUGCACUGCAAUUUGUGAUUUCCCUGAAGAGCACAAGGACGGGCAAAGAUUGUACGAGCAAUGCCUUAGAGAACACAUCAAUUAAAAACUGACUCAUCCAGUGGAACAGAGCUAAGCCAGGAGAGACAGGCCGACAGACAGUUUGAGAAACUCACAGAGGAACCCUCUCACAUGCCGUUCUCAGAGAAAAGACGAGGUCUUGAGGAGAAAAAAAAAAGGUUUCGUUAUCCAAUUACUUUCAAAGACUCGAGACUGUCUCACCCUCCUCAAGGAUGGAUUUAGUGAGCGAACGAUAAAGACUGCGCCAUAUGACCUGGAACUCCAAAUUCUGUUCCUGGCUUGUUUUCAUCCUCUUUGAACGGAGAAUAAUGAUACUGCAUGAAUAAGCAUUUUCAUAAAUGGAUCCUCGUUUAAAAUUAACAUACUUUAAGAAGUUUUCCCUUUUUGCACUUCAGACGAACAGAUAACUUCCUCAACCCAAGUGGAAUGUGCAAGCCAGGUUGUAAAGCCUUACUCCAAUGCAUGCGAACAACAAUAUUUAUUUACACUAUUUUUAUGGCAACACGAAAACACUAAGCCAUUUCAGACUGGUUUUGAUUUCUUUGAACGACUGCUGUCUUCUGAACUUGAAAGCUUUCUGAGCCAUUAAUUUUUGUUCCUGUUGGGUUCAUUUUUGUUAUUUGUUCGUGGCUCCGAGCUUCUCUCUGCUUCCCUUUACGCUGACUGGUUGGUGAAAUACAAACAAAAGCUGGGCAGAAACACUGGUUUGUAAAAACUGCAUGAGUGUGAAACUUUCUCACGUGACUCAAGUUAUGACAGGUCUUAAAAACAAGCUUUCUUAUUUAAAGCUCCAGGGGGACGACUUUAUUAGCCCUCACAUUUGAUGUGCGGAGCGUUUUUGUGCCCCUGCCCCUCAAACAUCCUGAGUCCGCCGCUGCAUCUUCUCGCUGCCUGUGUUAAUUUCAACACAGUAUAAAAAACAUUGCAGAUUGAAGAGCUGCAUGCCCAAGACCUGAGAGAGCUCGGAUGUCCUUUCCUGGUGCAGUCAUUUGUAUCUCUGCGGCACCUCCACAGGCAACCAAGCUCAAACAUUUCAUUAAAACAGUUUGCCUCGGCCAUUAUGCAUGAUUUAAGUAUUUCUGUGAGCUGGGGUUCUGCCAUCUGCAAACUUCAAUUCGCAUCCUGAUGAGACACCCCAUUAAGCUGUCACGCGUCCACAAAGCACAUGAUUUUUAAGGAGUCGGUUAUUGCAGUUAAUUCACCACCGAAGCAGCUUCUCUUGUGUCGGUGUUGCUAUUUUGAAAGUCACUCUGUGAAGUGGACGCCAUGUUCCUCACUGUGUGACGCAGUAAAUGAUAGAUAAUCUGCAGGACUGUAUGGCUCAGCACCUCGGUGUCUAACAGGCGUGUCGACAGUCUGGCUGUGCUGUAGAAAGUGGGUUUUUUUUUUUUCUGCUCAGAUCCUAUGCAAAAGGUCAUGUUUUAUGUUGCCAUUCUGAGUUUGUCAGUUUGUCCCCGUCUGCCUCAGCGGACCCGAAAGGAAGUGGUGAUUCUGUGCUUUGAAAGAAUGCUAUCAGUGCGGAGCAGAGACCAGUAAGAGAGCCAUUCAUCUUCCAAACUGUACAGCUUUGAUGUCAUGGUCUGAAUAAGAAGGAGUGUUUCAUUAGGACACUGGUGGAGAACAAAAACAAGUGUUCUGGUCAGUCAGUGACUCUGAAAAAUACACACACACACACACACACACACACACACACACACACACACACACACACACACACACAUAUACACACACACACACAGCAUCCACCUAAAGUGCAGCCUUCAUGUUUUAUAACCCUGUGGUGGAGCGAUGUGUCUUUGACCUCACCGAAGUCACCGUCAUACAUCAAGCUUCGCUAUCAGAUACAUGUUUUAUUUCACUGGUCCGCUGCAUUUGUCCACUUUCAAACUCACCUCAGAUGCACUUUGAGAAGAAAAGUCUUUUUUUUUCAUCUAAAUCUUAGGCUUUGGGAUUGGAGGACGGGUCGGCCUCCAUCCCAUGCCGUUACUUUUUGACGGGUUGGGACUGGGAUUCCAAAAAUGUACUUUUCUAACAAAUAGCACCUGCACAACCACAAAACAGUUGUUGAACCAGUUACAUUCAUAUGUUAUCCACCGGUGCUUUAAACAUAGCGGGUAAGAUGAUAUUUCAGGCUGAAACAGAUGAGUAGCUACCACAGUUAGAUUUCUUCCAAAUUGUUGGCACAGUCUCUGUGGCCGAGGGUGAUGUUUAAUAGAUCAAGGAAGCAGAGGAACCCGGUGAGACACAGCACAUAUGUGCGUGCCACUGACAAUCUGCAGCAGCGGGCGGCUGACAGCGGACUGCACAAUGACAGCAGCAAUGAGGCCAAUGCAGAGAUGGAUGCACACAUUUAUUAGCCCUCUGAGAGAUUAUAUUAUGAUACUUAACUAAAAUAAUGUGGAUGAUAUCCGAUAGCUUAUCUGUUAUCCUCCUGCUGCAUAUUUCAUUAUCACUGAAUUACUAAAGCCGUUAUUUUCAGCCAUGCUAGCAUCACAGUUUUACAGACGGACAUGUUGUUCAUCAGGUCCUCUACUUUGGACAUUCGUGGUCCCCAGAUGAUCAAUCGUUCAUGAUCCUCUGACACCAAGUGCUUGACUGUUUUGUUUUACAGUGAUUUCAACAUCCAACAGUUAGAUGGAUUGCCAUGAAAUGCUGGUAUCCUGAGGUGGGCUCAGGAUAAAAUAUACAUGAAAUACUGGAGAGCAGUGUUUGAGUUGUUACUCAGUAUAAGUAAUAAGUAAGUAUUGCGCAUUACUUGUUACAGCAGUGAAUAAUACAACUGACUUACUCCCUGUGGAAAGGACUUUGUUAUACUACUUCUUCUCCUUAAGUUACGUAGGCCUUACUCCACAAAGAUUGCUGAGAUGCGUUGUCACGUAAUUGCCCGUUAAGAAUCUCACAAGCCAAUCAGCAGAACAAAAGUGACACUGUUGUUUGAUUUAAAACUGUCAUGUGAUUACUGGAUUUGAGAUCAGUGAAGUGUUACUACUGCAUUACAGACAAAUGUAAUGAGAUUACAGUGAUCCGAUAGCCCCGACACUGCUGUAACCAUCCCCUGACAUUUCAUCUCGUGCCACAUCAGGUCCAAAAUAAAAUGUUCAACUGCAUACAUGUGAAGUUAUUCACAGUUUCAUCAGUCUCAGCAAUACUUUGUGUCCUGGGCUGCUUAGCAAUGUUAGCUAGCUCACACCCUGAACUAAGAUGGUAACAGCAGUUAACAUGUAUGCUAAACACAAGCCUGUUAGCAUUGUCAUUGAGAGCAACCAUUGAGUCUCAGUUGAGCCUCACAGUGUAGUGACAGCUACAUCUGUUUCAGCCAAGUAUUUCUAUCUAUCUCUGUCACUAACAGACUGGCGUAUGGCUAGAGACACAUCUGGGCAUUUCAUUUGUAUCAGUCUCAGCACAUCUGAGACAAGCUUCCAUCACAUUUCUUUCCAUACACCCAGUUUGUUUGGUUUUCUUUUAAUAGUUCCCCGAGGUGUCAAUGAGAGACACACAGGAGUCAUUCUUCAGGCCAGUAUCCCUCCAUUUUUAAACGUGAACACAGACUCUGUCCCUGGUCCUCCCGGCUGUCUUUUGUGUCAACAGUACACUGUAGAAACUCAAACCAUGAUGUCUGUUAAAUUGUGAUUUCCAGAUCAACUCUAGUUUUCUUACGAGGUUCUAGGCCUUCGCUUUUUGCAUUUCAAGAUACUGUAGUUGUGUUAAAAAUGAAAAAACUUAUUUUUUUAAAGAGACCUUAAAUUUGCUGGCUUAAAAAUCUAAAUGUUACUAAAUGUACAUCGUUCUGCAGCGCAUUGACAUAGGAUGCCUGGUGAGUUUUUUUGUUUUUGUAGAGCCUACCUACUACUGAACCCUCUCAGGUGAACUGACCUAGCGUAACGCAUGCUCCUGAGGAACAGAUCGAGGUUGAUCGCAUGCUAGAUCCUCCACAUUUCUUUUUUUGUUUUUUUUUUUAAUGCUAUUUUCAUUUGUAUGCAUGAAAUACAUGGAAGUGCUUUCUUUCUUUCCCACUAAUGUAUAAACAUGAAAGAAAGGAAAAAAAACUGAAAUAUAUCAUGAAGUUUCCUUGCAAUAUUUCUACAAUGCACUUUUAAAAUCUGUAACCUUGACAACAAGUGGUGUACAUACUCAGUAUAUAUUCUACACAAGACGCUUUUUCUUGCAUAGAACUAGCGAGUGCGCAGAGCUCGAGCAGAGAAAUGAGAUACUUGAGCUUACACACUGCUACAACUGACUAAUUAUAGAUAAAUGGUGUAGAAAUUUUGUAAUUAUGGUUUACUACAAAAUGUACUGGUAACCCUUUCAGUAACCCCGGCCUAUAAAGCCAUCUUUGAGGACUGCUUUGCAGUGUUGAUCAUGUUCAGCGUCAUAUCGAUAAAUUGUUAAUCACGCAUAUGUAAAGCUACAAUAAACUGGUUAUUUAAUGUUAUUUACUGUAAAGCAUUCCAUCUUCAUUAGCUCUGGUCACAUGUGUUAACAGAUGUGGAGUUUAAUGUCUAAGGCUAAAACUGAUACCAGGUAAUUCAAUGAUAUUAACAUGUUAAGUUCCAAUUUCACACAGCUUUGCUCAGAACUCUAUAUGGCAAACUAAGAUGUCAACAUUUGCCUAAAUAGAAAAGGAAUCCAGAAAUAAUCAUAAUGAAUAAUGAAUAAACACAGACAUACAGUACGUAGAACCAUGAAAUACCGUGUGAAAUAAUCCAAAAGCGAUUUUCAGAAUAUAUAUUGAUCUUUUUUCCAGUGGUCAGGGUUUGUUCAAAGACUUGAAAACUUGGAAAAUGCUUGAUAUUAACCAUUAUAUUUUCAAUACUGGAAAAUAAAUUAAUCUGAAUAUGAUCAUUGAAAAAGGUAUGGGUAAUGUUGGUUUUGGUACCUUAAAUUGCUUAAAAGAUACUUGAAUAUUACCCUUAAACAGUGUGUUUCAUAGCUAUAUCGAUAUAUUUCGUUGGUGUUUAUGCAUCUAAUCAUUAAUUUCAGUUAAACUGAAAAGUUAAAUUGAAUUUCAGAGGAUGCAGUUUAAUACAUGUUCCAAUCAUACACUCCAAUGUAUCAAAGUUCGAUGGAAAACUAGUGAGGGUGAUAUUUAUUAUCAUAUUUGUCAAGAUUUCUAACAAUAAAGACUAUGACAUUAAUGCAACCUGGACCCAGAUGGAUGAUUUGUCCAAUUCCAGAGCAAUUAAUUAAUAAAAGUUGUCUAUUAUUAUGAGUGGAUGAGCCUCCAGGCUGCUGUAGCGAGCAGCAGUGAUGCUGCAGGUCUGAUGGUUCUGACUGAAACUCCACAUGAAAGGCUCGAACAGUCACCUGCUGAACAAUAUACUUUCGCAUCAUUCGCACUUUUAGUUUAUAGGCAUGUCACAUCUCGUCAGCCCGUCAUCUGGUAAUAACAAUUAAUAUGUGUGUGUUUAUAAUCUAAAGUUCUCAAACCGUUUAUAAAACGUUAUUAACAGCAUGACUUGUUGGGGUUCAUGAAGGUUAUCAGUACAUGCAGUGCACAUUUCUUUCCUCACUCCUUUAAUCCAACGUGUAUUUCCAAAGGGAAUUUGUUUUGCUUUAUUUGUUGAUGCAUCAGUCAUGUAUGAAUAAAAAGAUAUUUUGACGAAUGAACUUAGAAAUUAUAUACUUUAUAUCCAGUAAUUAAUUUAUUGAAACACCUACUAUAAUGCAUAUUACUCUCCCUGUAUAAU